AUGCAGACCCCUCUUGUCUCUCUACCUCCCACGCCGGUUGUAGAUACGACAUCUUUGAAGUUAAGUCUACCAGGGAAGCAUUUACGUGUUACCAUUACGGGGAGGACUUCUAUCCAUGCACCACUGCACGAAGGCCUACUUAUCACCCUGUCACUCAACGCCUAUAAUUACCGGUCAUAUACCAUGUGGGAAGUGACUUCAAACGUCUCUCAUCGUACCCCAUGCCCAGUUCGCCCUAGAAAUGGUUGGAUGAAACUCGUCGGUCGGCAUACGGCAUUUCGAACAAUUUUGCUUAGCAGCAGUGCAAAUGGACAGAACCACCGCAAGAACCACGUCGACAGAAACAGUCAAUCUCAGACGCUCAGAUACUCUAAUGCGUGGAUAAUGAAACGAGAGCUCCGCCAUUUCAAUUUGCAAUCUGUCAGACCACCAGCGGUCGACUCUUUUUGCCGCUGUGCUGUCCAGCAGUUGCGUACCUCUGCGAGAUGGCUAAGAGGAACAACCAGAUGGACUGCUAGAGGAACCGGGAUUGAGGAAGGCCGAGUAAAACGGCCGUAUCUUGGUUAA